AUGAAGACUGGCAGACCCGGGGCCAGGUGCAGUGCUGGCUGGAGGGUGUUUGCUGUGUCCAGGCCCAGCUGGCAGUGGUCGGUGGUGGCCGAGGUCUUCUCCCUCAACCUCUUCGUUGGGCUCUUCUCCCUGACUGCCAGCUUCCACUGUGCAAAUAGUGCCCCCCAGAGGAGUAAGGUUGCGCUUUGGGGUGCGCUGUGCUGUGGCCUGGGCCUGUGUAACCAGCACACUCUGGUGUUGUACGUGGUGGUCAUCAUUCCCAGGGUCCUGCUCCACCUCUGCUCUCACAGAGAGCUAUCUGUCUGUGGGCUGAUGUCUCUGGGACUGUGUUUCCUGCCUGUCUCCUACCUGGACACAGCUCGCUGGAGCUGGGGAGGCCAGACUUCCCUCUCAGGCCUCCUCACUCACCUACAGAGGACUGGUUACGGCACCUUUAGCCUACCCGGCCCCACCCACUUCCAUCACCCCCGCUGGUUGAUGGACAAACAUACCUUCAAGACGAGGGAGAGAGGCAAACAUGACAAGCAUGUCACAUUGGGGACGGCUCAGCUGACCCACUGUAUGGCUGACCUGUCCCUCCCUGUGCUGGUCCUGGAUGGACUGAGCCUGUUCCUCCUCCUGGGACAGGUAAGGAUGCAGGGUGUUGUUCCCUGGCUUCUGACGGCCAUGCUGCUACUCUACUCCCUGUUCUUCACCUGGAUAGCCAACCUGGACACCAGCAGACCCCUACUGCUGGUAGUGGUGGAGCGGUUCUGGCUUCAGAGUGAUGCUGUGGUGUGUGUGCUGGCUGGGCUGGGCCUGAGUUGGACACACACAGGCCUGGAGAGGAGGCUAGGCCAUGGGGGUCUGUGGAGGGCCGGAGGCUGGCUCUUCACUAUAGGUCUCCUGGUACACAUGGUGCGCUCCAACCAUCGGGAGUGUGAUCAGAGCAGUAACAGUGUGGUGGAGCAGUUUGAGCGGGAGCUUCUGGUCUCUGUCCCUCCAGACUCUAUCAUCCUGACCCGGGGAGACCUCCCAGGGAACUCCCUGCGCUACUGCCAGGGUCUCUGGCCUGACGUACGCCUCGUUGACCAGGAGAUGAUGACAUACAGCUGGUACGUGGCCAAGCUGGGCCAGCAUCACCCUGGGGUUCACUUCCCAGGGCGCUGGUGGGACCCGGUCCACACUGAGGAGAAAGACACCUUCAGUCUGGAGCAGUUCCUCUCUCACAACACACAGGGGGCUGUGCUGGCCUGCAUCGGGCUGCCUGACCGGGACCCCAGCUGGGAGAGGAGCUUUUCUCACUGGCUCCUGGGUGUGUGUGACCACCUGGUGCCUGCCCAGGAGCCCUUCCACCCGGAGGAGUGGACCCGCCACACCCUCCACAUCUGGACCGAGCCACACAACAGGAUGAAGACGGCUUUCUUUCUGUUUGACCUGGCUGAGAGGAUCCAGGGAGAGGAGAAAACUCGCCUGUUUGAGCUCUCCUACACAGAGAGUCAGUCCUCCCAUAGCAAACAACUAGGACUGUGUAAGGAAAUUGUGGAGAGACGCACGGGCUACCCUCCCAACCGGGAUAAGAACCUGGCCCUGGCCAGCGAGAGGCUCCUGCAGCAUCCAGCACUUCAGCCUAGCACCUGUUGGGAGGCUGUCCAGACAGAUCAUAUUAAAGACCUGCUGGAGGAAUGUCCCCAACUCCCCCAGCCCCUCAGGAACUACCUCCCCACCCCUCUACCAGCCCUGCCCCCUGACCUACUGGUCACUGAUGAUCCCCUGUUAAUAGUCCACACACGUCUGACUCUGGGGACCGGUCCAUCUGAACCCCUAUGGGACCGCUGA